AUGCCCGCGCCAGGCGUCCACAUCCUCCCCUCGGGCCGCAAGUCCUUCAUCCCGCUCGAGAACAACCCGGCCGUGUUCACCUCGCUCAUCCACGACCUCGGCGCCUCGAAGGCCCUCUCCUUCCACGACAUCUACAGCCUCGAUGACGCGGACCUGCUGGCGCUCGUGCCCCGCCCCGUCCCGGCCCUCAUCUUCAUCACGCCCGCGGGGCCCUACGACGCCGUCCGCGCCGCCGACGGCACCCGCGUCGUGGGCGACGGCGGCGAGGGGCUGACGUACGACCCCGGCGCCGGCGAGCCCGUGACGUGGUACCUGCAGACCAUCGACAACGCGUGCGGCCUCAUGGCCCUGCUGCACUGCCUGUCCAACGGCGCGCCGCGGCGGCACGUCAUCCCCGGGUCCGCCGUGGGCCGCUUCAUCGAGCGCGCCGCGCCGCUAGGCCCGCUGGACAGGGCACGGCUCCUCAACGACGACGAGGAGAUCGAGGCGGCGCACAUGCGGGCCGCGCGGGGCGGGGACUCGGCGGUGCCGCCGUCCGAGGUGCACGCGCCGCUGCACUUUAUCGCCUUUGUGCAGGGCGACGACGGGCACCUCUGGGAGCUUGAGGGAGGAUCGGAUGGGCCCAUUGACCGCGGGGUGAUGGCCGAAGGGGAGGAUAUGCUGAGCGAAGGGGUGCUGGAUAGGGGUAUCAGGAGGUUUCUGAGGGCGGAGGGGGAGGAUGUCCAGUUCAGUAUUGUUGGGCUGUCGUUGGAGGAGGAUGCUGUGUAA